UUUGCAUACCAGUCUCCCCUCCGCGCUGCAUGCUGUCCAAACUGGGAUCGCUGAUCUCGGAGCGCUGGAUUUUAUUAGUUGGACGCUGCAGGGCACAGUUCACCUCCACGGACAUCCGAACUGAUCGGCGGUUUUUUAUUGUUCUAUUUUUAAACACUUGCAUCCAGCAGUUCCAGGUUUCUCAGGCUGUUUAGUGACAUUUUUUCGCAGAGAAGCAGCUUGUCACAGACAGAGGUUUCGGCACCGAGCUGCGUUUUGAGCCCAUGAAAACAGGAGAGGAGAGGAAACAGAGAGAAGUCAUCAGCUUCAUCUGAGCAAAGACGAGGCACAAGCAGAUACACAUGGGGCAGGGAGAGGCUUCAGCCCGAGGGACAACCAUGGAGGGGGACUGUCUCAGCUGCAUCAAGUACCUCAUGUUUGUCUUCAAUUUCCUCAUCUUUCUGGGGGGCUCGUUCCUCUUGGGAGUUGGAGUGUGGGUACUGGUGGACCCCACUGGGUUCAGGGAAAUUGUGGCAGCCAACCCCCUGUUAUUCACCAGUGUCUACAUCAUCCUGGGGAUGGGAGGCAUGCUCUUUCUUCUGGGCUUCCUGGGCUGCUGUGGAGCGAUCCGUGAAAACAAGUGUCUGCUCCUCUUUUUCUUCAUGCUCAUCCUCCUCAUCUUCUUAGCAGAGCUGGCUGCUGCCAUCCUGGCCUUCAUAUUUCGGGAACAUCUGACCAGAGAAUACUUCACCAAGGAGCUGAAGAGACAUUAUCAGGGCUACAACAACACUGAUGUCUUCACCUCCACAUGGAAUGCCAUUAUGACUACAUUUGACUGCUGUGGGGUGAACAGUCCAGAGGAUUUUAAGGACAGCCUGUUCAGGCUGAUCAACCAAAAUCAUAUGGUGCCAGAAGCCUGCUGCCAGCGUGCCACUCAGACUGGGGAGUUGGCCUAUAUCAGCCAGGAGCAGUGCUUAUCAGGCAAUAUGAUGUUCCGCCAUAACAAGGGCUGUUACUCUGCAGUAGUUGACUACUUUGAACUGUACAUCUAUGUGGCCGGAGCACUCGCCAUUGUGGUGCUGACCAUUGAGCUCUUCGCCAUGGUCUUCGCUAUGUGUCUCUUCAGGGGAAUCCAGUAGAGCUGCUCCAUCUGUGAACUUAAAAAAGGGAUUUCAGGAGAUAAGAGUAAAACGGACACUUUGUAAAUUUGUUGAUCAUUUUUUCUAUUGGCUUACAAGGUAGAAAAACAAACUUACAAACUCUUGUACUUCACAGCUGGACUUUUGAGGUACUGGGUGGCAAAAAAACACACACAUACACACAUGCGCGCACACACACACACACACACACACACACACACACAAACAAACCAUAGAGAAAAUAGGAGAUCAGAGACAAAACUGAUGUAAAAAGAUUUGUGUGUAAAGUGGAAACAGUAAUUUGUGGACCAGGUCUAGGACAGACUGGGUGUAAAGUGGACCGGGCAUGAGGACCAGGUGAAGCCUGAGCAGAAGGCACUGCACUGACUUUUGGAUGAAGAAUAUUUAUAAGAAGUAAAGUUGGCUUAACUGUAGAAAUGUGUUUUAUGUACACUUUGGCUGUUACCCUUUUCCCUAACAUACUGUAUACUGUAACACACUCCCCUCCUCCACAUGUCUUUUUUACAGCCACUCUUCUUUAAUGCUGUAUUAUAUAAGCUCUUUGUGUGUGUGUGUGUGUGUGUGUGCGUGCGUGCGUGUGUGUGUGUGUGUGUGUGCACGUGCGUGUGUACAUACUGAAUGCUCUUUUUGAAUGUGUUUGAACUGGUUUGUGAGCAUGUGAACUUGUGGUUCCUCAUGACCCUUUCCAAGCUUGAAAGCUGACUUCUGAUACUUUUUCUAAUCGUAUGGUGAUGUUUAUUGCAGUAGUGGUUAUAUGUGGUUUUAGGUGGUGAAAUGUAUGCAUAUGCAUUUGUAUUAGAUUCUUGAAAAGAUAAUGACAUAAAUGGCAUUUGAAAUGAC